CACUUUUACCAUCAAAUGCAGCAAGACAUCGCUUACGGUAAUUUGGGAGAAACUGAAGAAAAAUCUGGAUUCGGGAUAUACGGACUCAUUCAAUAUAUAGUCCAAAUGACAACGGUGUCUUCCAUGCCAAGCUAUGAUGACAAGUCCGUCAAGAAAAAGGAGACAGGCUUAUUUGUGCCUGGAUAUUUGGCUCUUAUUCUGUGUGUUGGAACCGUGAUCGCUUUAGCACUAGCUGUGAAUCUCUGUGUUAAUUAUCGUAAGAAAAGUGCCGUUAGUUGUGUGGGACUCUUUGACAUUGGAUUCUCGUCGGGAGACGCCCGCAGUCCGGAGAGAAGGUCACGAAAGAAAAGGAGAAAGAAAGACAAGGCUGCAAAGGCUGAGAAACUUCCGGUAGCGUAA